CCCAGAUUAUUUUCAUUUAGUAAAAACGCGAGAAAUCUUUGUAAAAAUUUAAAUUCGAAUAUUCGGCUCAGUAACCAGUAUAAACAACAUGGCGGACAUGGACAAAAACAACAUGGAUCAAUUUCUUGACAAAGUCAACGAAAUUGAGUCAAUUGUGAAAGGGUUAAGAGCAGAUAAAGAGGAAGAUGUCAAAGACUCAAUGGAUAAAGCUGAUGAACUCAUAGCAAAGUUGUCAGAAGAGAAGAAGAAGUUUUCUGAAGCUGUUAAACAUGAUGAUAAAGAUCUCCCAAAAACCAAAACAGGUUUUAGUAAGACCAGUAUCAAUAAGAGCUCUGCCUCAGAUGAAAUGCCAGGACAAAAUGAUGUCAACUUUGAUGGAAUGGAUAAUGCUGGGUUCAUGGCAGCAGUUGAGGCAGAUGCUAAAGAAAGAGCUAAACGUAAAGCUGAGAGAAUGAAAAUAGCCGAGGGCUAUAAAGAGAAAGGCAAUGUAGAAUUCAGGGGAGGCAACUAUGAGCAAGCACUUGAUUGGUAUACGCAGGCAUUAAGAGAAGUAAAGGAUAACUCUGUGUUAUACACAAAUAGGGCACAAACAUAUAUUAAACUUGGAAAAUAUCCAGAGGCGAUAAUAGACUGUGAUUGGGCCCUCAGGGCAUUUCCUAACUGUAUAAAAGCACACAUUCACAUGGGUCGAGCACAUCUGUGUCUGAGAGAAUACAAGGAGGCCAGGGAAUGUUACAACAAGGCCCUCACAUGUGACCCGAAAAAAGAAAACCUUAUAAAAGAUUAUAUAGCUGAGGUAGAUAGAGCAGAGCUUGCUGAAACACAAGAAACUGAGGCUGAGAAAAUAUUCAAGGCGGAUAAAGUUGAAGCCCGUACUGUGGUAGAUGUAUUAACAAAAGUCCAGAAAGUAAAUGAGUUGCCUGUGUUUUAUAGCGGUGGAUUCCGAGUUCUCAAAUCUCUUAUAACAACAACUGCUGACAGAACUUUGUUCCGGACCAAAGGGGGAUUAGAGAUGCUGACUACACUUCCUAUUUUACAAAAUUGUAUAUCAGCUUCUCCAAAGAGCCUGUCUGGUGAAGAGCUGGACAUGUUGACGUCUGCUUUCUACAUGUACACAGAGGCAUGCAGGGAAAAUGAGAAGAAUACAGAAUUGAUUCUUAAAACAGAGAAUUUGACAAACUACUGUAUUCGCUUCCUUGAAGUAAAGAUGAAAGGUCAAGGACAGAUUCUCAAGGUCGCCAUUGUAGAUUUCUUGUUCACGUUGUCACAAAUACCGAUUGGACAAAGAACUAUUGUAGAAUCAUUUGAUGUUCCAAAGCUUCUAGCUGUGAUUUUUAAUUUGAUAGGUAGUAAAGGUGUCAUAGCCUCGGGUGCUGCUGUACUUCUCAACAACCUAGCUCUAGAGAAAAAGUUUAAAUCUAUGCUUAGAGACAAGAUUGAAACAACUGUGGCUCCUGCCUUUGAAAAGCUGCUGGAAACUUCCAACCCAUCCAUGGCUUUAGCAAGAUGUGUUACUAUGGUAACAAACCUGUCGUCUGACGCUGUAAUUAGGUCAAGGUUAAUGAACAGGAACCAGUUAUGGGAGUCAUCAAUUAAACUUGUGGAUGCACAAAGAACGAAGUUAGGUGAUGAAGUGAGUGCAGAGAUUGUUGAGAGCAUUCUGGGAUUGUUACUAAAUCUUACAACGGAGCAAUCAGAAUGUGUGAGAAAACACGGCACCACAAUCUGUGAUAGUUGUCUUGCUAUGCUGCACGACAGCUCGUGCACCGAGGGGGUUAAACAACGGUCUAUAGGCUUACUUAGUCAUGUGUUACCAUACUGUGUCCCAGCAGUAGAUAAUGUGGUGAAAAAAGGAGGCACAGAAAUAUUCCUGCAGCAUGUGAUGGCAGAAGAAUCAAGUUGUGUGAAGUCAUCAUUAAAAGCACUGACUGCCUUGACACAGAUGAAUGAGGAAUCUAGAAACUAUAUUGUCAAAAAUAAAGGUAUUGUGAAGUUGAUGUCACACCUAAAAUCUGAUGAUGAAGUUAUCGUUGGUAAUGCAGCUCUAUGCCUCAGUCAUUGCACGCAAGUACCAAAAGUGUGUUCCGCUCUAGUGAUGACAGAUAUUAUUAAACAACUGCUUGUGUUAGCAAGAGAUGGGAGGAAACCUGCGGUACAACAAAACUGUGCAAUACUGAUAGCCAAACUUGCUCAAGGAGA